AUGGGGUCCUUACCUGAGGUCCAAGCCAUAGAGAUACCCAUCAUAGACAUCUCGGGCUACUACACCAGAGACAAAACCCAGAUAGCUCGGGUCGCCAACGAGCUGCGGUCGGCGUGCCAGUCGCCCGGUUUCUUACAAGUCAUCGGGCAUCCGGUGUCGGCUGAAUUGAGAGCGCAACUACUCGCAAAGCUUGCUGAGUUUUUCGCUUUACCGGCAGCCACCAAGAAUGCACUGCAUAGAAGUCGGUCCAAAUGUCUUCGCGGCUACGAAAGUGUAGGCGAGCAGAAACUGGAGUCUACCUUUUCCGACCAAAAAGAGGGAUUCAUGAUAGGACCCGAGAUCCCAGAGAAUGCUCGUUUCCUUCAAGGCCCAAACCAGUGGCCGUCCGAAGAUGACCUGCCGGGCUUCCGGGCGGUUUUUUGGGAGUAUUUCGAGGAGGUGCUCCAGCUCAGCAAGACCAUGUUCCGCUUGAUGGCACUUAGCCUGGACCUAGAUGAGGAGUACUUUGACGCAUUCGUGGGUAGCAGAGAUUCAAUCUCAAUGUGUCGAGCUCACCGCUAUCCCCCAACGACCCCUGAAAGGGCUCAAGCAACGAGAGGGAUCGGUGCGCACACCGACUUUGGCGCUCUGACGCUACUGUUGCAAGAUGACAUCGGCGGCCUUGAAGUGUUCCACAAGCCAACACAAACAUGGCAUACAGUGAGACCUGUGAAGGACGCCUUUGUGGUCAACAUAGGAGAUAUGAUGGAACGAUGGACCAACAACAAUUACACAUCCACAUUACACCGGGUCAUCUCUCCAGUGUCGACCAAGGACAGAUAUUCCGUAGCCUUCUUCAACGAAGGCUUACUCGAUCAGGUUAUUGAGUGUAUUCCGACUUGCCUCAAACCGGGCGAAAAGCCGUUAUUCGAGCCUAUCAGAGCUGAGGAUCACCUUAUUCAACGGUAUUCAGGAAGUUAUUGA